AUCAAGAUGGCGGCGCCUUCGGACGACGAUCGCCAAUUUUCAUCAGAUCUUUAUGCCCGUUUACAAGUUUCCAAAGAGGCCACCCCUGAAGAAAUAAACAAUGCAUUUCGACGACUCAGCAAGAUCUACCAUCCAGACAAACACUCAAUUGAUCCGCAGAGGAAGGAGCAAGCAGAGAUGAUGUUCAACAAGAUAAAAUACUCUCAUGAAGUUCUGAUGGAUCCCCACAAGAGAGCGAUAUAUGACACGUUAGGAUUGAAGGCUAUCGAGACAGAUGGAUGGGAGGUUGUCCCAAGGACGAAAACACCAUCAGAGAUUCGGGAAGAGUACGAACGUCUAGCUCAGGAAAGGGAGGAACGAAGGCUGAACCAGCGAACUAAUCCGAGGGGGAACAUCAAUAUUGGAAUUGAUGCUACAGAUGUGUUUGAUCGAUAUGAAGCUGAUGAUUAUGGGUCAAUGUUUCCCACAGUUGAAAUCCGCAACAUGUCGAUAGCACAGUCAGUUGAGUGUCCAUUGACUUCAAAAGAUACCGCGACUCUUGGUGGUUCUCUACACACUCAGAAUGGCACUGGCGGUGGUAGUAUGUCGGCUGCUGUACGCCGGAUCAUCUCGGAGAAGAGUUGGGCGGAGUUAGAGGUCUCAGGAGGAAGCGGGCCAGCAGUUCAUCUCAAAGGUUUUAGAACGUUACAUAAAAGAAUGUUUGGUACGAUGGCAGGAAUGUUGCAGUUUACACCACAUGGGCUGAGACCAAGUCUGCAAUCAAUGGUAGCUGUGACGUUAGAUAAAAAUUUUCAAGGUCGUUUGACGUGGAAUGUUGGCCAUCCUUCCUCUAUGAAUACAUCUGUAGUCUGGGAAAAUCCUAGUCAUCGAGCCGUGUGUGCGGUUCAGUUGGGUGUGCCAAGUAGUUUUAUCUCAUGUAGUUACUCCAAGAAAUUCCUCGAGGAGGAUGCAAGAUUAAAAGUUGCGCUGAAAUUUGGAACCUUUGGUGCGAUAGUAGAAUAUGGAGGAGAAAAAAAGAUUACUCAAUUUAGUGUACUGGGGGCUUCCCUUGUGAUUGGGGUGCCCACGGGGGUGCUACUCAAAAUCAAACUUAAUCGAGGUAACCAAAGUUUCAUGGUUCCUAUCCAUCUAUCAGAGGAGAUCAGUCCAAGUGCAAUUUUAUAUGGGACCAUUGUGCCAUUAGCUGCAUUCUACAUCAUUAAGAAAUUAAUCAUUACUCCAAUUUUGGAUCAAGAAAAGGAGAGGGACAUUGAAAGGAAGAAAGAAAUGAAUGCUGAGAUAAUUCGAGAGCGACGGAAGGAAGCUGAGGCUGCUAGAGAACUCAUGAAGGAAACCACUGACCGAAUACGAACGACUGAGGAGCAGAAGAAAGGCUUAGUGGUGGUCAAGGCUAUCUAUGGAAAAUUAGUCUCUUCUGAUUCAAGCGAUAUAGAUGAUAGUCAAUGUAUAGAUGUGACCGACCCCAUCCAAGCUUGCGUAAAUGGCUCAAAAUUAGUCUUGCCUGCCGAACAAUCAAAGAGUGGCUUGCCAGGAUUUUACGAUCCAUGUUUAGGCGAGGAAAAGGUUCUAUAUAUACGAUACAAAUUUAGGGAACAACUUCAUCAUGUGACUAUAGGCGAUAUGGAAGAAAUUAGGUGUCCAUUAGCAAGACACGUUAUGACGAAUGGCAGCGUGAGCUAGGACAAUGUUAUUCUUCUAGGAAAUGAAAGGAGGCUCCCUUGAAAUGCAUUGCCUUUUGGACUGUACAACGAGUAUUUGAUACUUAGCUCUGUAGUUAAAUGACAAUGAAUAAGCAACUGAUAGUCCGUCUAUACUAUCAGCAGCAGUGUAUAAAGGGCAAUAUUCAUCUGCCUAACUUGACUACGUACAGUUCCAUAUUGUGAACAGAGGCUUGCUCAGAUUUGAGUGACUCCAAUACACAGCUUGUCCAAAAGAUGGCAUCACUCAAAAAGAAAUGUAUUUCGGAGAAUUCCAUGUUGAUUUAUUGUUUUGUGUUCUUCAUCUUGAAGACAACGUCUUUCGACUCUUUGGUGUUUUAUCUGGUGCAUAGUUAUAGGAAA